AUGUCUACAAAAGCUCCAUCAUCCACUGAACAGCCCCAUACCGGUUCAGACAAGCCCAUUGUCAAGCCCGCGGAUGCAGAGCUAUGGCACGCCUAUCUGCGCGCAAUAUCUGAUUACUUUCCAUUUUCCGAGAAGCACGAUGGCUAUCGUAUCUACACGGCUCCUUUGACCAGUUUUGGUGUCACCAUUGGCAGGUCGGUUGAUCCGGCUAUCAUCAACAACGACCUCUUCCGUCUCGGCGAUCUGCUGUUGCCACCAGACAGCCCAGUCUUUCUCCCUAGACUUAGCUAUUCCCAACGCCUUCACCGAUAUCUGCAAUGUGCAGUAGUGCCGCCAGGCCGACAUGACCAAGGUAGCCUCACUAGGCUCGUAGAGGCUAAGGAGCAUCUUAAGCAGUCAACCGAAGAUUUCAUCAAAUGUCGUGCUCAAGCCUGGCAGGCAUUCAGUUCUGAUCCGUUGCAUGCUGCAAAAGGGUCCACAGAAUUCGACUUCGAAGACUGGAUCAAAAUGUUCUACCCUUCAUACCAUAUAGCUGCACUAUGCAAGGAUGCAGCAUCUCAGGCCGCAUAUGAAGCGCAAUUGUAUCACUACGGCCCCCAGACUGCAUCAAUAUGGAACGACAAAAUGCAAUUGGAUCAUGCCUUUCAAGGCAGUGUCUUGAACAAGCCGUACAACAUGCCAACGUCCACUGCUCAAGUAGCUCACGAGGCAGUGGUUGAUUCAGCAACUAGAUCUGCUCUUCCAUUAGAGGUCACGUAUCGGCCGAGGUACAAUAUUGACUCCAAAUUUAUGGAAACUGCGAUGGGUUGGGUCGCAAAUGCUGACAACCCCAACAACAAGGGCGUGGAAAUCAAGUUCCGAUCAAACUUUUACCAGAAGCCGACGGAACCUCCACGCUGGACUGACCUCGGUUUCAAGAAAGUUGCACUUGAGAAACAGAGCGAGGUUGUUCCACGAAUGCCACUUUUCACGGCUGAAACACAGGAAAAGCCUACACCAAAAACAACAACAACAUACAGAGUGGGCUUGGGCGCUGAUGAUGCACGUGUGAAAGUGACAAUCAAAGCUUCGGAUGCUGCUGUUUUCCCCAUCGAUCCUGAUUCAUCAUGGGAUAUCCCAGAUAUAACUACAAGAUACCCAAAACUGCGAGCCGAUGCACCAAAAGACCUUUUCGAUCCGCUUGUUCUAGUCACUCACGUGUUUCUGGGGUACCAGGUCUCAAUCGUCAUGGAGUUGGAUGAGUCGAGCUUCAACGAAAUUGACGAAGGGCUUUCCAAGUGCGAAGAUUACGGAGGGUCAGCCAGUUUAUUUGGGUUGAGCUUGGGACCGCAGCCCACUGACUCGGUCGUUGGAUUCGAACAAGUCCAUAGGGAUGCCAAAACAAAAACAAUAACGGUCCCUCCAAGGGAUAACUCGCAGCUGACACUUAUUGGACUUAUGGGGAUGCAGCUUGGUGCUCCGAAGCCCGAGUCAUCUUCAAAGUAA